AUGGACACCAGCACUGCUCUUCCCCCAGACGAGAUAACGACCAUUUUCUACGUUGGCCACCAUGAAACCGAUCGAACAGAAAAUGUCUCUUACGACGUGCUCAGUCAGGCGCAGGGCCUGGGCUACGACUUCCUGACUGUCCCCAUCACCACGCCGGCCUUCCAUACCAGUGUCGUGAGCCUUGUGAAGGACUACAAGCAGCGAAUAAGCCAAUCUGACUCACGGGAACUGCCCCUGCCCUUGAUCCCGCCCCUAACACCACAGGACUCGACGUUGACGCCCGACGACAGCAAUAGCCUAAGGGUGGCCGUCGUCAGCCCAUGGAUAGACCUCGGGUCCUCGGAUCCUGUCAUCGCUCAUAUCAGCCGUCAAGUCCUCAAUCUUGAGGUAGCGUACGCCGCCUUCUGUGGUGUCAGCAACGUUCUUGUGUACGCACCGACAGAAGAAGCAGACGCGGUCGGGUACGGCAGAGCAGUGCAAGAGGCCCUCGGCUUGGGGCCGUACGUCCAGCUGCACGUGUUGUUGCCAAUGAGUGGCGAGCUCGAGACCGAUUAUCCCUACGGCGAGCAUUUGUCGGAACUUGCAGCUCCGCCAGACUUUGACGCGGACGAGGAUGAUUCUACCGCGAAAGACGAGUACGAUGUGUGGGCUACGUGGGACACGAUCAGGUCGUUGUGUAGCUACAGUCAGAAGCUGUGCUUAGCCCUCGAAGUCCAACGCCAACUCCCAUGUCUCGACCUACAAUGUCGGUGGUAUUCCGAACCUGUCCGGCUGCUGGUCUUCCCAAGAACAACCUUCAUCCGUAACGCCAAAGGCUACCCGGUUCUAUCCAAGCCCCACCAACAACUCAUCUCGCGCUUCGCACGCCUCCGCUUUCCUCCAUGGAUGCUGCUCAGCGAUGUCGGCACCCUGUUGGGUGCCGUUGACAUUCCAGCACGAACUUCACCAGAGCCGACACCAGCAGAAGCAACGUCGAAGACGAAAGAGAAGCCGAAAGAUCCAGUGCCGCAUCUACGCUACCUGCGACAUCUUCAGCAAAGUCAGCCACCUCGUCCACCUAUAGAACGAUUCGGUCAAGGGUAUCAGGACUACCUGCAAUCUCCCCUCCAGCCGCUGACCGACAACCUGGAGUCCGUAACGUAUGAGGUAUUUGAGAGAGAUCCUGUGAAGUAUGAGUGGUACGAGCGAGCCAUCGCCGUAGCCUUAAAAGAUCUACGAGAAACGGUCGAAGACGCAAGACCGAUUGUGGUAGCAGUCGCUGGUGCCGGAAGAGGUCCCCUCGUCACUCGCGCCCUCCAAGCAAGUGAGUCCACUGGCGUAGCAAUCGACUGCUGGGCCGUGGAAAAGAACCCAAACGCCUACGUCCUUCUCCAACGCCGCAACGCCACCGACCCCCUUUGGUCCAAUAGCGUCCAUGUCGUCAAAUCCGACAUGCGCCACUGGCCCGGCCCAUCCAACCCCAACGGAGAAGCAGGCAAAGUUGACAUCCUCAUCUCCGAGCUCCUAGGCUCCUUCGCCGACAACGAGCUCUCCCCCGAAUGCCUCGACGGCGUACAACACAUCCUCCACCCCUCCCACGGCAUCAGCAUCCCGCAGAGCUAUAGCGCCCACCUCACUCCCAUCGCCACCCCGCGCAUCCACAGCGAUCUCCUCCUCCGCAGCGGCGGUGGGGGGGAGAAAUGGGAUAUCCCGUACGUCGUCCUGCUGCACCAAUACGACUACCUCAGCCUCUCGCCCGCUUCCUCACCAGAGUCCCGUACGCCGAACGUCCAGCAAGCCUGGUCCUUCACCCACCCCACCUCCCCACAAACACUCACCCACGCACGCCUCCGCGCAGGCGGGGGCGCAGGAGCCCCAGGCAGUGUCGGUGGGGACGGCAGCAACGAGCAUAAUUCCCGCAGCUGCAGGAUAAGUUUCACCUGCGCGAAGCAAGGCGUCUGCCACGGGCUAGCGGGAUAUUUCGAGACAGUGCUGUAUUCCAGCGCGCGGACAGGGGAGAAAGUGGAAUUGUCGACGAAUCCGGUGACGAUGGAGAGCAAGAGUCAGGAUAUGAUUUCUUGGUUUCCGAUUUUCUUUCCAUUGAAGACACCGGUAUACGUUCCUAAAGGAGGCGAGAUGAUGGUGCACAUGUGGCGACAGACAGACGACAGGAGCGUGUGGUACGAAUGGGUGGUCGAAGUAUACGAUACUGCAGGGGGGAAGAGAAGAAAAGUAGGUAUGUCGGAGAUGGGUACGAGUCGAAAGAAUGCAUGCUUGAUGUAG